AUGAACAUAUUUCGUGUGCUCCCCAAGCCUCAGUGGUCAUUUGGACUUUGUGAUUGUGGAAAAGAUUUUUGCACAUGUUUGUUAACAUGCUGUCUUCCCUGCGUCACCUUCGGCCGAAUUGCUGAAAUUUUAGAUGAAGGAAAGCAUUCAUGUUGUUGUUUGGGUUGCGUAUAUUGCUUGUUGGCAUCGGUCCAAUUCCACUGGCUCUUCUCAUGCCUAUAUAGAGAGAAAUUACGAGCCAAAUACGGUCUACCCGCGGAGCCUUGUUGCGAUUGUUGUGUUCAUUUUUGUUGUGAUUCUUGUGCUCUCUGCCAAGAGCACGCCGAGUUGAAGGGUAGAGGCCUUGACCCUGCCAAAGGUUAUGCUAGGUCACAAAUUUUCCCUCCGAGGUUCCCUUCGAUGUUUAGAUGA